AUGAUUCAACGAGCGCUCCUGGGAACCAUCUGGAUGAUAUAUUAUUGUGUUUGCCCGUCAUUCCAAAAAGAGACGACGACCUUCGUCUACAACGGCUUCGACCAAGGAGACCAUCGUAUUCACCUUGAUGGUAUUGCAAGAAUCCUUCCCAAAAAAGAUGUCCUGCAGCUGACGAAUGCAACCACAAUGCAAAUGGGUCGUGCUUUUUUCAAGCAGCCUAUUGUCUUCAAACCAUCUGAACCAGUCUCGUUCUCAACACAUUUUGUGUGCGCCCUUGUCCGUGUAGGUGAGGUUGGUGGCCACGGCAUGGCGUUUUUUGUGUCUCACUCCACUGAUUUUAAAGGCGCCCAACCAACUCGGUACUUCGGGCUUUUCAACCCAAAUGGAUCUUCUUCCACACACGUGUUGGCUGUUGAGCUUGAUAUAACUAAAACUCUAGAUGUGCUCGACAUCAAUGAUAAUCAUGUUGGGAUUGAUGUGAACAGCCCAAAGUCAUUGAUAUCUACUAGAGCUUCUUAUUUCUCCGACAAAGAAGGUCGAAAGAUUGACGUGAAACUCUUGAGUGGCGAUCCUAUCCAGGUUUGGGUGGAUUAUGAAGGAACAACACUCAACGUUUCAUUGGCUCCUCUUGGUAACCAGAAACCAAGCCGGCCUCUUUUGUCAUCAACAUCCAUCAAUCUUACCGAGAUUGUGCAAGGUAGAAGAAUGUUUGUAGGUUUUUCUGGAUCAACAGGGUCAAGCGUGGUCAACCAGUACAUACUUGGGUGGAGUUUUAGCAAACGCAUGGCGUCGCUGCAGAAGAUUGACAUCUCAAAACUUCCCAAAGCUCCUCACCCUAGCAAUAAAAAUAAGUUUAUAUAUCUGGAGAAAUUUGUACGCUGA